AUGCAUCCUACUUGUGUAUUUCUCAACAAUCAGGGCACUAGUGAGAUUGGGUUCGUUGAAGGGAUUGUUAAUACGGUUGGAAAUUUUUUGCUAGGCUCAAAAUUUAAUAUCGAUCGUUUGGAAGCGUUUUGCGAGAUUAAAGAUGCCCUAUAUAAGAUAGAUCACCCAAGAGGCAAAACAUCUCAAAAUCGCCGAUCAUUCGAUAGUGGAACUAUUAGCGAAAAUGAUGGCGACGGAAAGGAAUAUAAAGGCUAUUCACCAUCAGUGGGAAUCCCGGUUUAUACCAAAUAUCGCAGAAAUCUUUAUGUCAUCAAUGUUCGCUCGCUAUUUUCUGUUUUCAUUGUUUCCGUUUUCGAAGUGCGCUUAGGUGAUAUUCUUAUCAGUGAUUUUAUUUUCAUACUGUUAUCAUAUUUAUCAUAUUGA